UUAAUCCUUUCGCUUCUGAGGUCGCUAGCUAAUGCGUUAGCUAAGGCGCUCGUCCGCUCGCUAACAUUUUAAUCGGAAUCAGUAAUCAACCACUUAGGGUCCUUGACUUGAAUGCCUCUGGCAUGGGCAUUUGCCAGCACAUGUGAUCUGUCCGCUUGCCGAUUAGAGGCGUUUUUCCCACGUUAGUCCUAACGUGCAAGCGACAAUACAGCUGACCGAGAUUUCGACUCUCCGUGCUCUGGCAUUGGCUCUGGUUAGUUCGCCAUCCCAUUGCCAUGCAGUUCUGGGCAUGGAAUCGCCCGCACAGGGCGUGCUGUAGGUAGCAGUGCCAGUGAUCUCCUUGCAGUGAUGAUUCUACCAAAGAAGCAACCUUUUCGGCUGAACACAGUUGUAAGCUGAACGACAUAUUCAGCCUAAGAGCAGAGGAUGAAGGAAGUCUCAAGGCACAGUGAUGGAACUGUACCAGGGUUCCGAAUGGUUCACUUUGAAUCUCCACCACAUGCCAAUGCACUUCUUAAUGGCCUCAACCUUCUGCGAGCCCGUGGACAGCUUCUUGAUGUAACUCUAAUCGCUGGUGGACGAGAGUUCAAGGCACACCGUGCUGUUCUUGCUGCCUGCAGUGACUAUUUUCGUGCGAUGUUCACAGAUGCUAUGCUCGAGAGCCGUCAGCCUGAGAUCUGUCUUAAUGGAGUCAGUGCCCAGGGUCUGCGAUGCCUACUGGAGUAUGCAUAUACAUCAAGGCUGGUGCUAAGCUUAGCGAACAUUCAAGAUGUGUUGGCUACAGCAAAUCAUAUUGGACUGACUCCUGUCGUUGAAGCCUGCUCUUCAUAUCUGCAAGAUCAGCUUGACCUUGAAAACUGCAUUGACGUUGCUACACUUGCAGAAACAUACUCAUUGCGAAGACUUCGGAAGCGAGUGUAUCGUUUUAUUUGUGCAAACUUGCACCAAUUUGCAAAAACACCAGAAUUUCAGCGGCUCUCAACAACACAAAUGGAGCAUCUGCUUGCCUGCGAUUUCCCUGUGAAUUGUCCGGAGGGCGAUGUACUUUCAUUUGUCCUCAACUGGGUUGCCUGUGAUGUAGGGGAUCGGCUCUCACAGGCGCGCAAGUUGGUCUCUUACGUUUGUUUUUCGGAAAUUCCGGCAUCCAGACUUGCUGAGUUAUGGGAUUCUCCAGUCCUGCAGUGCCUUUUCUCUCGUAGGAUUCCUCCCCACCUGUCUGGCAUUGGCGGCCAACCACCCCCUAGCCUCGUGAAUACUCGAGGCAUGGAGCUUGUAUUGCUCAAGGUAGGAGGGUUUGGCUUGUCGGGAGUGACUAAUGAAAUCACAUACUACUUGCCUAGUGCAGGCCGUUGGAAAUAUCUCACUUCUAUUCCUCAUGUAGAGCAGUGCAAUUUUGGCACAGCUGUUCUUGGGAACGAGCUUUAUGUGGUAGGCGGCUGCUUCAACCAGAGUCUGCACCAGGAAAAUGUGCACCCGUUUGGCUUCCGUUACAAUGCACUCACCGGGGAGUGGUCGACCAUGGCACCCAUGCGCUGGGAGCGUUGUCGAUUUGCACUUUGCGUGGCACGAGAUGAUCUCUAUGCGGUGGGGGGUGCUGGUGAGGUGCUUGGUGAUGUCGACACUGCUGAAGAUGGAGAGGCUCAUUGUGAGCGUUACGACCCGCACACUGAUGUGUGGAUGCCUGUGGCCCCACUUCCAGGUGCCCGAACUCAGCAUGCUGGAGCAGCCUGGGGCCCAUACUUGUUCGUUUCUGGUGGCCUCAAUGCAGAUUCAGUGCUCAACUCCCUUCUUCGCUAUGAUACACGCACCGAUAGCUGGGAGACGAUGGUUCCUAUGUCUAUACCCCGAGCUGAUCACUCCAUGGUGGUUUACGGGGACCGCCUUGUGGUCUGUGGUGGAUGGUAUGAAGAUGCUGCAACGGGCACGCGCGUCCUCGCCGAGUCAGUUGAAGCAUACGACAUAGCUGCUAAUGCAUGGACUCCUGUGACAACAGUGCCAACUCCACGAUACCAUGCUGGUGUUGCAGUGCUUGGCUCAUGGCUCUACACAGUUGGCGGUUUCCACAGUGACACUACAUUUGAUCGAGCAAGUGGAGUUGUUGAGAGGUUUGACUUGGAUGGCAGUCUCGGUUGGGAGGAAGCGCAACCUUACCCGCAGGACAUAUGGGAGCAUGUGUGCUGCACCCUGUUUGUCCCCCGCUGUAGAGAUGACCUUGAUGUCAUCUCGGACAAGACCUUAAUGUGAGUUUUGGCAGUGCUGGGCGUAUUGCUCAGUUUGUGCCACCGAGAUGGAAGCCAGUGUGUGAUGAUUACUGCCCAUAUUGUGUAAUUUUGCAUGCAUUUAGUUUUCUUGUUCUGCCCUCAAGUAGCAUGCAUAAUGUCGGCCUGCUACAGAAUUUUCAUAUAAUUUUCAAAGACAGUUGCGAGAGACAAGGUUGUAACUUGAAGUGUAGCAGAUGCUUAUGCAUGCCAUGUAGCAAGUUUUCACAUUUUUAUAUCAGUGAAAUGCUGCAUUUACUUUUUGUGUGAGCUGCCGUGCCUUUUGUGCUGAGUCACUAUCGUAGCAUGUAUGCUACUGCUGUUGCAGUUUGCUGAGUAACACCAUAUUGAAAGUUCAGCCAUUAGAGAAGCAUUCUUACUGGUGCAUCUGUUGACUUUAGCUGAGUGCACAGGCUUAGAUUAAAACGUGCACUUGUUCACACUAGAUUUGGAAACAUGAAAAGGUACCUGUUAAAGGGAAUACUUAGCUGCAUUUGAAUGCGUUUAUGGUAGCUGCACUUAUGAUGAGCAACAGAUAUGUCAUUUUGUCCUUGCAGAAUAUGUAAAUUCAUGUUACCAAUUUGCUGCCAUACCCAUUGAAGCUAAAUAUAUAAUGCUGCUGAGCAGAGGAACCUGAUAGCUUACUGCUGCAAAAACAUUGGCAUGUAAUUUUUUUUUCUUGGCAGCUUAUGUGGACACGGGUUUCGUUUGGAGUUGUUACAUAUUAGCCAAUUUACCUGAACACAUAUUGAAAAACUCAAUUUUUACUUACCAUGUAAAUUAACAACAUGGUGCAAAUGUAUGUGAUGGGAAAGUUUAAAACGACAACUGAGUUUGUUCUGAUUUUAGAAUUUAUGGUGUUUGGCAGUAAGCAGUGAAAUCAUUUACCUUUUAAUUUCCAAAGCUUUUCCAGCAGUGUGCUCAAAUUAUUUUAAUAAGCUAUGCAUAUAACAGAUACGUAAUGGCUAAGGUGUGUGUGUGUGUGUGCGUGUGUGUGCGCGCGCGUGUGUGUGUGUGUGUGUGUGUGUGUGUGUGUGUGUGUGUGUGUGUCUGUGCGUGCGUGCGUGCGUGUGUGUGUGUGUGUGUGUGUGUGUGUGUGUGUGUGUGUGUGUGUGUGUGUGUGUGUGUGUGUGUGUGUGCAGGUUUGGGGAAAUGGGGGGAGGGAGGCAGGUUUUUGAUGCUUGAUUUGUAAAGUGAAUUGGCUUCCAUUCAUUAUUCAGUAGGUGCACUUUUGUAUUGCAGGUUAGUUCUUUUUGCAGUAUAAGAAAAGGACUUAAAUUAUGAAUGAAGUCGCCCCCCAGUGCUAUGCAACAUUGUGCAAAUAAGUUUGAUUGUCCAAGGAUAUUUUGCAAUCUUGCAAUGCAUGCAGUUAUGUGCAAUUUCAUUCAGUCUUUCACAAAUAUUGUUCAAUCUACACCUUCUCUCCAUUGGCUUUUUACUGCAUACUAUCAGCAGAACUUCCGUGCAUGAUCGAGCCAUCUGCCUGCUCUUCGUCUGCCUGUUCCUGCUAAAGCUUUAACAGCUAUCUAUAACACUAACCAAUUUGAAAGGAGAUGGCUCCUUGCUGAUGUCGUUGGGCUGGUGAAAUAGUUGGGCUGGUGCAUUUAAGUCGUCGUGGGGCUUCGGAAUGGACGCACAGUUGGCAAGGCUUGGGAUUGCAUGGGAUGGACAGCAUGAACACACUUCCUAGCUUAGAACUGCUGUCAUAGUACAAACAAAUAUUAGUUGUUGUGCUGAUAAAUGAAAUUAAUGGAAAAGCUUAGAGGCUGUUCAGUGCAUUUUGGCUGACAAUCGAACUGGAAAUAAAUGACUUGCAUAACCUGCAAUCAUUGGGCUAAAUUCAAGGUCCAAGGCUUUCAUUGCAUGAAUCAAUAAUUGUUCAAUGUUGAGCACAAAAAUUUCCAGAACUGUAAUGUAGCUUAUGCUAAAAAGGGACACUAAAGGCAAAUAUUAAGUCAAGCUAAAGUGAUAGAUUAGUGCUUGGGAAUCUCUAAGGCGUCAAUAUUAUUGCGAACAGAGCCCUAAUAAUUGAGAAAUUAAAGUAAAUGCUGGACAUGGUUAGAGACUCCUCCCGAGGCAUUCACGUACUUGACUGAUGACGAAAGCACUCCUCAGUUAAAUUCUGUCACUAGUACUCAACCCCUUGUUGCAAAAAACAUCCUUGUAUUGUAUUAUAACGUGAAGUAAAAUGCUACUUGUCCAGUUCUAUUUCGUAUUUAGAAAAAGCUCAUUGAAAUUACCCUUGACAACAACGCAGGCGGUUGAAAGGUUUCUUUUUUGGCUCGACUCUGCGUUGCCCACUCUUUCGCGUUUCAGUAGUUUUGUUAUCACAUAGUCCUGCGCUGGUUUUGCUUGCUCGCGAAACUCGCACAAACUGUAAGUAGCAGAGAAUUCAACUUCCAUGUAAUGUCGCGAGAUGCCCGAGCGGUCUACGCCACUUGACCAAAAAGCAGCUGCAGCAGCAAAUCCACCGCUCUGUCAUGGCUCGGUACUGCUGUCGAGGGCCAUUUUAAUCACCUAUGGCAGCAAAGGGUGGUGGUGACUUAUGCAACGUGACCACUCCCCCGGUUGGGUGGUGGGAGAUUUGAAUUUCGAAAAAUGUCUUUGGACCGUUCAAAUCUAAUUUUCUCGUAAAGUAAGUCUUGGCACGAAACAAGUGUUGCGAGGUUUCUGAAAUGGUUUUUAAACAGUCCACGACGACUUAGUAUUUCAGCGCUCAUCCUGUGUCCUCCCUUGUCCGUGUUUUUUUUUUGGCGCUGUUUUAAAUAUGAAUGAUUCCGUACCAACUAGCUCGCACCCAAACCCUUCUGAGUCAUCACUUAGUAUUUGCCUUUAGUGUCCCUUUAAGAAUAGUAUACUACAAGUGGAUCAUAUAUAAAAAAAAUUCAUAGUGAAUUGUCUUAUGGAAGGAAUGAAGACCCAUGCAUGCUCAUAUUGUGCUUCCCCAAUGAAACUAUAGCAGCUGCCAUCUUUUUUUUUUUUUUUUUUUCAUUCUGAGUGAUAUGCAUUUCUGUGGUGGGGCUCCUCUUGGCAAUAUUGUUGGUUAACACUGUCAAGAUUGUCGAAGCCAUUUAUUCCAGUAAAAGAGGUUACUGAGCUCCUAUGGUCUUCAGAGCAUUGCACAUACGAGGGGUGUUCAUAAAGUUCAUAUCAGUACCUUAAAUUUGUUACAGGCUUACAUGAUAGGCAUCAAAAUGAGUGCCCGUCUCUCUAGUUUCAACAAAAUAUAAAUAUUUUUUUACAUAGUGUUAUGGUACACCCUUAGAACAUCAAAACAAAAACAGCAGCACCCAUCGCUGAAGUUGGUUGAAGCGCAAGAAGUGAUCUGCUUUCUGUAUUUGAAGGGACCCAGUGCCAAGGAGAUUUAUGCCAAGCUGGUGGUGGUGCACGGCGACAAUGUCCGAGGUUGUGACACUGUUGUGAAAUUGUGCAAGUGAUUUUAAUGCAGUUAAACAAGCCAGGACAACAAAGGACAUCGAGUGGCUGACCAUCACGAACCACAAAUUGAUACUCAGGUUGAGGCACUAAUGCUUGCUCACUAUAGAAUAACUGUUGAACAAAUAAUGCAGCAGGUUAAAAUUAGUGUGAGCUCAGAUUAUGCUUCCAGAUUAGUCUCAUGGCCUAGUCUACGUUCCUUCAUGACAAUAAUACGAACUUUAUGAACAUCCCUCAUUGUAGCUUGGCAGUGUUAUAGAUCUGGUUUCCACCUUAAAUUCUUUUUUUUUAGCUGCUUUCUUUCUGUAAUGACCUAAAAUUUUAUAGUACAUUACUCACUUGUUGCUGCAGCAUUUCCUUUCAUAAUUUGUUGGCACUCUGUGUAUUAGCCUUAAGGGCUAUUCUAUGGUAUCUCUGCAGUAUUCAUUAUCUAUGAUCUGCAAAUAAUCGAAGUGGCUAUACUUUUAAAGGCUUCUAAACAGCUGCACUGAUUUUUGCUCAAGCAAAGAAGUGGGGCUUGCAGUCCCUCGAGUGUAUCUUAUUGUGAUAGCUUAAACAAAAUGAAAAGAGUCGCUUCUGCGCUUAGUGAUUAUUUGGAGUACGUAGUAUUUAUUUUGUCUUUGUACUGUAUCAGAGCUUUUGGUGUUGUAGGGGUCACUUUAGCCAAGUUCAAAGCUGUACAUGAAACAAUGAGGUAUUUCUAACAUUUUGACUUGAAAUAAGCUUUGUUGACUUUGUUGACAUGUUUUCACAUUUGACCAAGACUGCUUAAAGGGAAGCUGUAUAGAUUUUAGAAUUGGAAGAUUUACAGUGGUUUAGUAGGCUGGCAAAGUAUAAUUUAGCUUCUGAAGUUAUUUUCUUGAUAGUGCACAUAGCAGUGCCAAAUCGCCAUAUAAAUUUUCGUCGAAACUCUGCCGCCCUUGUGUGCUCAGCGCAGUGGUGAAAGGCUGGGCGCGAGGAUGACAUCAACACAGGGGUCACAUGAGCGCUCUAUUUGAAUCGCGUGCCUUGCAGAUACCGAAGAUGUCGUAAUCGUCUUCGCCAUCAGAGCCCCUUAAUCGACCCACGGCUUCUCUCGCUGACACUGCUACUAGUUUUUGCUAAAUUAAUGCAACUUGCAUUGACUUGUGGCCUGUCAAACUAUGAUUUUUGUAUUCAGGGGGUAAAAAACUAAUAACCUGCUGACAAGUUUCUUUUUUGAAGUGUUUCAGUUUACCUUUAAGUGUGCUGCAAAUGAAUUUUUUAUUUUUCAUUGUGGGCGUGAAUGUAACUUUCAUGAAGUAGGUCUGUUGGUUUAAAAAAAAAUGUUUUUAAAUACUAAUACAAGUUGCUUUUGCUUUUGAAUUUCUCUGGUCUUGAAUGUAGUUGGCAUAUGGCUGAGAAGUUGUUGAAUUUAGCACCGCAUGCUGCUCAUAUGAGCCUUUCAUGCCACAUUCUUGCAAACAACAAAUUAGUAGUGCUUAGCUUGGCUGCACUACAGAGUACAUCUGAAAUGCUGUGUUUCAAACUCGUGUGAUGCAUUAGCAGGUGCAUUUCUUACCUACUAAAAUUUGUGCAUUUCUGAUGUCUCGCUUAUUGAUUACUUAUUGAAAAUAUUACUAUUAGUAUUACUAUUGAAAACAAAAGGAUUCUGUUGUGAAGCUGUGAACCAAAUCCAAUUGGGAUAGAGAAAACGCAUUAGCUCUGUGUGCAUACUGAUGCAGCUUGCUUGCAGAGUGACAUAGCAGAAACUGUCUUUAAGAGGGGUCAUUGCCACUGUGGACCAUGUCUUGCUGCCGUGAUUACUAAAAUAAUAGCUCUAAAUGUUUGCAAUGCUCUUGUCGGCUGCAGUGCAUCUGUCUAGAUUUAAUUUGUAAAUUUUGAAAUGUUGUUCAGUUUCCUUCCAGGGAUAAAUUUUUUAUGUGGUAAAAAAGAGGUGCUUUGAGUAGGAAGUGCACGGCUCUAGUUAUCUUACUGUGGCUUCAGCUGGUUUGGGAAAUCAGUUAUUGCUCUCCUGCUGUUCGCGUCAUACCUUAUAUUGUACUUUUUUGCAAUACUUAGUAACUGCAUGAUAACUUACCUUUUUUAGGUUGUUGCAGGAGGUCGUGGGUUCGAUUCCUGGUUGUGACAGCCGUAUUUGAAUGGGGGCAAAAUGCCAAAGCAUGCAUGUACUUAGGUUUAGGCGCACAUCAAAGAACCUGCAGAUGGUUAAAUUUAAUCUGGAGUCCUCCAUCGAGGUGUUCUUCAUAACCCACAAUUCCAUAAUUUUUUUCUUUAGGUUGCUUAGUGGGUAUUUCAAUUUGUGCUUUUUAGAUUGUGCAGUUUGAAAUGCAUUGAUCCAAGAUAAAUAGAUCUUUCCAAAAGCAGUUUGAUGCACCCCACCAUGGUGAAUACAGGACUAUUCCUUAUGCAUACAUAAAAGAGGUUGCAGGUGAGCUGGACUGCAAGUUUCUCUCCGGAUGUUCACAGCAGUCUUAGAAGCAUGUGUGUCUACUAUUUUGACAGUGGAGAGUUAUAGGCUAAUAUCCCAUUGUGAGGUGCUGUAACUGAUUUCUGACAAGGCUAUAUUUACUUUUCUCAUGGGGGAAAAUUGAUAUGUUGUAGUGACUUAAGGUUUUACUGCUUUCUUUGUGUUACUGGUUUAUAGGCACAUGUGUGGUACAAAACCAUAGGCAUUUUUAGCAGAUCAAGCACUGGCAUACUUUCUGUUGACAUGUGCUUCUUGUAUGCAUGCAUUUCUGUUUUUGUUCUUUGUCUAGUGCAACAUUGCAGCAUAUAUGGCUGUUUUGUGAGUGCUAUCACAGUCUUUAAUACUUCUUUUCUUGUCAUGAAACUUAACCAUAAGGCUAUAGGCGAGUUUGGUAUGCUGUCCAAAGCAGUUGUCCAUGCUGUAACAUCAAUCAUAGGGCAGUUGCCAUCAUUUGGAGGCUACAUAGUGCGCACAUUCUCACACAGCUGAUCAAGGACCUGUGCUACAGAAACACUGUGAAAAGCAGUGCAUAUGUAACUGCCAGCCAAAAACAAUGCAAUUUGAAUUAAAAGCCAUCAAAUGCAUAGGAGAUAGCUCUUUAAGCGACCCCUUGCCAGUCCACAUAGCAAAUUUUGCUUAUAUGCUGGAAGUUGUUACGUGCCCCCUAAGGAGUAUUCUACCGCAACAAUUUUUCAUAUUAGUUCAUUUAUAUCGGAGAUAGAAAUGUUUGAAUUUGUGCAAACCUAUGAUUUAAGGAGGUGAGCGUCAUCACCAACAUAGACACUCUGUCACUUGCCCAGUCUAGCCUCCGCACGCGAAAAUCCUUCACUGUGUUUUCCCAUACUGGAGCUGGAGGAUCGCAUAGUAAACGCUUCAUGGGUCCCACCUUCUCUUUUCUUAUUCUUUUUUCUUGUGCGUUUUUGCUGAAUGGUGCACUACCGGUAACGGUCUCAUUCGCAAGCUGUUGUGUUUGUCUCGUUUCGCGCAGCAGACUAUUUUGCACGCUCUGCGCGGGAACACCUGAUCAGUGCCACAAUCACGAGCAAUGAGGCAGGUGUGAGAGAAUGAAAGGGCAUGAUCGCAGCACUGGAACAUGGUAUAAAAUGAGUUUCGUUCUCUGCGAGCACGGCUGCACAAUGGGGGAACAAGCAGACGAAACGGAAGUACAUCUCUUGAUACAAUACGAAGUAAAACAAAAACAUGAAGACAUUCAGUUUGUAUGUUUCAUUAUUUCUCUAAAUUUUAAUUUAUCUAUCGAAGCAACUGAUUAAACAAAUAACUGAUGUUGCCUUGAAUAACUCUUGAAGUCGCGUGUCACUAUGAGUGACGUCACAGCACUGCCAUGUGUGUAGGCACACUUGCGCGAUAUAUGUUGACUCUCCGGCUGGGAGCGCACGGCGCCUGCAAGAAGAAGGGCAAAUGGCAUUUAAUUUGAAAUUUAAGCUCUUUCUGCGGCGCUUAGGGGUGUAAUACUUAGCAGACACGAUCAUUAGUGCAUUGUAUGCACCGCACUUGUCAGCUCAAAAUGGCCAAACCUGAUGAGGCACCCUUGAAGGAAAAGCACAGGUUGAAGCUGGCUUCCUUACAACCAGCAACAUGCUCCCUUCUGUGUAAGGAGGGAGAUUGGAGACAACAGGGGCACUAUAAGGAGGACAGUGGCAAAAUUUAAGUGUGAAAAAAAUACGAUCAAGGUAUAUUAGGUAUACAAAGGGUGAUGAUGUAAAGGUAAGGCAAAGAACAGUGCAGAUGAAGAUAUUCUAGAGCUUGAUUUCUUUUUUCUUUUUUUUUGACGGACAAGUCGUGGUAACUAAUAUCUUUCUUAUCUCUAGUGGAUUCACAGGAGUUUAGUCCAUUCUUCUAAAAUAACUGUUCCUGUCAUCUGGGCAUUCCAAUAAAAUGUUGCACUUUUUAAACUCGCCGCGCUUAUCACAGUAAGGAUUAGUGGCUUGUCCAAGGUGGCAGAGGUCAAUGUGACAUUCCGAUGAAGUGAAUGAUACGAAGUUUUACUCUGACAAAGCCUCAAAUUUAUGACCAAAUCGGUCAAGCGAAGGAAGCAAUGCUAAUGAAGUGGCAGGAUCCAUCCCUUUCUGAGCAGGCAAACUUGUUUGUCAUCGUCCAAAUUUGUUGAAAUGAAGGUAGCUACAGUGGCCCGCAUAGUUCUCUCUAUAAAAAAUAUAUUUUGAAGACUCUGAGACUGGACAUAUCAUUUGCAGUUUUACUGUGACAAUUACAUUGACACUGUGUCGCGUGCAUCUUUAAUAUUGCUUGGAAACUUGCGUCGGUGUUUACAGGUCACAUUGUGCACAUGUUUUCAUGCAGCUGGUGAAAUCUUACAUGAUGUCUUUUGUUCUAAAUACAUCAGAGUGUAAAGUGUCGUUAACAGCAUUAUGGAGUUGUGUGCAUAGCUGAACACCAUUCUUUAAAUCCAGAACAGAAGAAAACUUCUGGAAAAAUGGCAGCACCCUUUCAGUUCAGUUCUUUUAACUGGCACUUUAAAUGGUUUGAGGCAAAAGCAGCUGCUAGUGGCACUGUUUCUAAACAAAGUCCGGUGAGUGUGCCGAGUUAUGUCUGAAGUUUCAUGCUCAAUAAAAAAAAAAGAAAGUUAGACUUUCAUACAAUCAUUUAGCAGCUUAAAAAUAUUAGGAUGCUGUGUAUACAUAAUGACCUGGGUAUUAUCGGUAUGGUCUAGUUUAAGAGGCUGUGAGAUAAAAUGCUGAACAUCUUUAAUUGUAACUUAAGUGCUAAAACAGGUUUUACAUUUUAAUUGUGCGUGGUUUCUUUUAUGUUAUGUGAGCAUGAGACUACUCCCUUAAUCGGUGAAUUCCUUUGGCAUCAUACCUUGCUAAGAUUGCAGGAAAAAUUCGGUCUUAUAUAAGUUUAUAGUUUAUAUAAGUUUAUUCAUAGGUGCAGUAAAUAAAUAAAUUCCUUCAUUCCAGUAAAUAUUAUGUUCCUGGAGGACAGUGACAAGAGCCAUGUUCAGUGAAAGAGGUUGAUAAAGAAUGGAGAGCUUGAUCACUUCAUAUGUUACGUAGUGCCUGACCUCUUUGAAGUGGGGAUGAAAAGGAGUUGGCACAAAUCAAAUGUAGCAUGAAGCUUCUGUAAAUGUUUCCUUGGAAAGAAAGCUUUUUGUUGUAGUCUGGGGAUUGGAUAUGAAACUUGUGCUUGACUGGGUUAGACUCAUCAACUGAGCUAACCAGGAGGAUUACAGUUUGCCAGUAUGAAAGCUAAUUAAUUGGCAUCUCAAUGUGGUGGGAAUCUAUCCGAAUGAGUUCUGUAGAAAUCGACAAGGUGUAUGUUUUUAUGAAUAUACCUCUCUCUACCAGGCAUGCUUCUGCACCAUGGUUAGCUAUUGUCUGAUGGUGCUUGCUGUAAUAUACAGCAAAUACUCGUCUUAUAGUAGUUGUUUUAGUGGAAUUGUCAGUCUAGCUUCUGGUUGUUGCCUAACCAGAGCGCAUUCGCUUUUACCAUAUUAUUUCAAGUGAACUGGUGGCAGACUCCACUUUUACAAAGUAAAUGGGUGAGAAGGUACAAGCCAACAUUUUUUUUAUUCCCCUACUUACACUUCUACGUUUCUUGCAGCUAGUGCCUGACAUUAGUCAGCCUUAGGUAAAAGAAUGCCUCAACGACACAGGAAAAAGAUGCAGACCUUUUGAAAUGCAGCGCAUCUUUAGGCCACAUUUUGAAGCAAGCUCUAAGUCUAGCAGGUAUUAGAUGUUGCCACAUUCCUUUUUUGAUGCACUCUUCUAGGUUGUCGGAACAACAUCAGAGGAUGCAAUGAAAGGCGGCUGAGCCGAAUCAGAGAUUGCCAAGAUAAUCAUUAUUAUGGUACGAGCUGUAUGUAGGAAAGUAACUUGGGCAAUUAUUCUGAGUCGCCAAACCAUUCAGCAAGAAAUAAAGAAAUGCAUGUGCACUCGUGUGCCACAUGUUCAGCAUGCAAACGCAAGGCAGGCUAGUUGGUCUGUCGUACUGGGGAUCUGAGGAGUGCUAAAGGUAGGACAUGACACAAGUCAUGUCGGGUGCUGUACCUUGUGUCUGUCCUUUUAGCCCUACUCAGUUUCCCAGUUCAGUGUACAACUCAUCUUUAGAGGUGCUGGUUUGGUGAAUCUACGCAUCAAAUAAUGCUAAGAUACUUCACAACUUAUGAUGAACUGAAUAAUAAGCAUUAAAAUAGAAAUGGCAGUGCACUGAAACUGGCUUUUAACCACCAUAAUUAACCUAAAAAGGCCAGGCUGCCAGCAUGAAGACUGGUGCGAGCAGAACCAGGAUAUGGUUGUAGGCCAGAGACAGCAAGCAAAUGUGGCAGAGUUCCAACAAAGCAUGUACCAUGGAGUUCAUUACUCUUUCCCGACAAUAGGGAAAAUGCCUGUAGCUUUCGGUUAAAUUUUUUUCUGGGCUAACUGUUCUGAUUAGAAUGUAAUGGCAUACAAGAAGUGAAGCUAAAUAGGCUUUUAUGUUUGUUUGUUAUGUAUAUUUGAAGGCAGAAUUUCGAUUGUGAAUGCAACAUUUAUUUUGUUAAACAAUAAUUUUCAAAUAAUUCUUCCAAGCCAGACAAGGAUAGUAUGCUUUUAUCUCAGGCAAAAUAAAGAAAAUCGGCAGAGUUCAGUGAUUGCUUUGGCAAUGUUUAAGACAGCAGCAGGCUGUCACAGUAGACACUGCCAUCUUCUCAAGAAUAGCUUCUUUGCAAUGCAUACAACAUUGUCGUCAUUUGUUGCAUUACUGCUUGUUGUGGCUUCUGAAGUACAUGCACAGACGGUACAUCUCUGUCUGUGUGAGGCAAAAACUGAUUUGCAAUGUACAAAAUGCUGUCCUUCUCUGCCACAGUAUUCACUGUUGAAAAUUCUGAAAUAAAUGUGCAGACAUUGCCAUCUCAGAUUUUAUGGGGGGUGCUAAACCCCAAACAAAACAUGAAGCGCCAAAGCCAUGCAAUAGUGAUGUUUAGCUCCCAAAAGCACAUAGCUGCAGAGGCACAUGUUCAAAUCUUGAUGGUAGCGGUAGGCAAAGUUUUGUUUUUCUUCACCGUAUGGCGAGAGGAGAUAGCCAGACGACGACACCGUGACAACAGCUGUUGUCAUCGGCGUAAUGGAAAAGCCAUACAGACACAGAAAGCCCUAUUUUGAGCUUUGAACUUUUGUUGCAGUAAAAUAGCCAAGAAUAAUUCAGAAUAUACAAAGUGUUCCCUAUUUUGUGAACACAGUUAUAAAAAAAAAGUAAUGCUCUAGAUCACGUUUCUUGAGCUACCAAAAGUUAUGUCAGCUCUCAUGUUUGACAUGCCGUUGCAAAAAGCAGUUCCACAGACUGAAAGAUAGGCAUGGCAGUUGUUACAAACAAAAAUAUGUUCUACUUGGUUGUCCUGAUAGCACUUCUUUAAUUUCUGCAUUUGUCCUUCCUGGCUGACCAUGGCUGUCAGCAGUAACAUGGCUUCAAAUUUGGACACUGCUUAAAAACUAUUGGAAUAAUUACAUAGAUAUCAAAUGUGUGGUCUUAAAACUUGCUAUGAGAUAGUGCAGUAAGGCUGGCUGUUCUGCAGAGGCUUUAAUAUUGUUACGGGGUGUGUAGAGCACAUUUAUUUCGGGGAGCCGUAGCGCAAGUUGGUGGCAGUACUGCACGUCGUCCUUCUCUUCCUCGCUGCCCUCUUAAUCUUUUUGUUGCUGCUGAUGCUGCUGCUCCACUACCAUUGACGUGCUGUAACAUGUGAUGCACUGUAACAUGUGACACACUGUAACAUGUUACAGCACUUCAAAGGUAGUGGUGCAGCAGCAUCAGCAGCAACAACAAGAUUAAGAGGGCAGCGAGCAAGAGCAGGAUGACGUGCAGUACCGGCACCUGCUUGCCCUAUGGCUCCAUGAAAUAAACGCCUUCUACACACCCCGUAACAAUAUCAAUGUAACAAUGCCCAUCAAUCAUUGGUGAUGGACGCUCUAUAAUUUCGGUGUGGAAAGAGUUGAUAGCAUUCUAGUGGUUGCUGCUGUAUACCUCUUGCUGCUGCUGUCACAUGGCAAAGUGAAUGCAUUCAAGAUCCCAUUUAUAUUUUCAAAAGCUGUGCUAUCAUAAGGUGCACUGGUUGGGCACAGCACAAAGAAAGACUGAGUGAAGAGGGGAGUUGUGCGUAUUCAGCAAUAUGGAAAAAAAUCUCAGUAGAAUGUGAAUGACCCCAGCUUAGACUGCACUUUUGUUCCGUUCUGUGCAAAAUAAUGUGCAAAAUAGGAGCGUCGUAGCAUGCUUUCUUUAAGGUGCCACUAAGGCACUUCACUAGAAACCAGCUUUAAGACUCUGGAUUUUUCAAAAUGAUUGAACAUAGCAUAUCUAUAUGUUUGUACUAACAGGGACUUGUUGAGGGUUAGCAGUGCUUGAGUGUACCUUCAGUGUUGUUUGAGCUUUACUUAAUUCCUCUGCUUUUAUGGCCAUUGCGUUGAACAAAGCUCUUUGGUUAUGUCAAUGGUUCAUUAUCAGGAGAGUUCAGUGUAUGGUGAUGAUUAGUUUUGAUAAAACAUUUUGCAAUUUGAAGAUCAUUCUUAGUAGUUUACACUUUCAAUUAUUAAUGUAACAAAAGAAAAAUGAGGUAGUGUUGCCUGUUGGAAACUUGUGUGUCGAGUACUACAUAAAGGCAUUACUUAUAACAAAAUGUUUCUGAAAACGGACAGAUGCUGCUUUAUAUAUACAGGGUUGGAUGAUCUUAUCAUAUAAUUGAUGAAAAACUCAUUUUUGUCAACACUAUUGUUUUUAAACGAUGCUGGCCAAGUUAAGCUUUGGAUAGAAUCUAAGUAACUGACUUAGUGGACAAAAGUAAUGGUUCUUUUAUAUUGGAUCAAUGCAGUGACAGCUGUGCAGUGAAUGAUACACACCUAUAAUCAUCCUGAGCAUUGAUUCAUUCAGAGCAUGUGUGUUGUUCGUGUUAGUGCAGCUAAGGUCCUUCAUUGAUUUUAUGUUUUGCAUGGACUAAAGCGUCUUGAUAAGAGCAAUUAUUUUAAGUCAUUUUUGAGUACCUCACCAGGUUUGCAAUGUUUAAAAGGUUUAACUCUUAGAAACUGACUGCAGUUUGAACAUGAGAAAUCACGCCCCUUCAACAUAGUGUUCUCCAUCUGUGCUAGGACAGCUACUGUGUACAUUGUAACCACUGUGUGUAUUGCGGUGCUUUCAAAAUUCGUUAAGGCAGCCAGAUGAGGUGGUCUCAUUGAAGUGUGAUGUAUCUGGUGGCUGUGUACAUGAGUGCAGCUCACCUAAGUGGCUGUGUCACGCAUGACUAAAAAAAAACAACUUAAAAGUGGCAUUGCCCAGGCCCAUAGUUUUGUUAAGCACUUAGUCCACUGUGUAUGACUGUAGUACUCGUUUAGAGUGAUUUCUUUCUUGCCCUACACAUCAAUGCAAUCUGCACUAUCAGAGAAAGGUUUGUGCACUGUAGUUGACAUAAAUUGAAUGCUUUUGGAACAUAGAGAAUUGAAUGGAAAGAUGGUAUGCAGUGUGCAUUUAUGUGUGUUCAAUGCAGCACACCACAUUUUUGCUGUUCUUCCAGGUCAAUGGUAAAUUUUUUUUCAUUGCUGGCAUUUGUAAACUUUUUUUUCUCUGAUAGUAUGCUAAAUUUUUAGGUGCAUGAUAUACCAUUGUUUUGUAAUUUAAACAUUUGGUAUUGUGCUUAACAAAGUACAGAAAAAAAAAUACCUCAGUGCACUGCUGCAGUGUGAAAGGGUGGAAAGUUACAAGUUACCUGCUUACUUCUGCAGCUCAUAGGCUCCUGUUAAAAACCUGAGCCAGUCAGUGUUGUACGGUCUUGCAAAAGUCUAAAUUCCAUGCCUUUUGUUAUCAGGGUGUGCCGGUUCCUGUGCAUCAUUUGCCUGCACAGACAUGUGUCUUUAGUCUUGCUGCCGUAAGGGGCUAUAACUGUACCUUCAACAUGCAUGAACUGGCUUGCUCUGCCAAAAAGAUCGAUGUCAUUUACACUUUUGCGACAGACUGUACAUUCAUUGACAGCUGGGAACAGUAAUGAAAGUGAAUGGCCAUUGCUUUAAGCUAACCACUUGUGAUUGGAGAGCUUAAGCAUACUUUAGACAUGAUCAACUGCUUAAAUUGCAUUCCAGGCCUUGUAAAUUUAUCUAUGAUAGAACUUUACUCUAGCUCCCAAAUGAAAAACAUCCUUCAACUUGUUACUUUUACAUUCAUGUUUUUCAAAUCAUGUGUAUGUAGCACACGAACCCAUUUGUGCCAUUAAGCUAGGGACUGCUGCAACUGCACUAACUGCUGUUGGCAGCUCACAUAGAGGAUUUUGUUGUGUGCUUAUCCAGCUUUUUGAAGGAAUGUGUGUUUCUUUUCUAUUUCCUGUGCUUAGCUGAUGCUGAACCUGUUGCACAUCACAUGCCCAAGUGAUUGAUUGCCACAUGAGCUGUGCAUCCAUCUGCAUGUCUUGCUGUAUGCUGUAAAAGGACACUGUGAUACUAUUUAUUAAAUAUUGAAAGUUUACUUCUCA